AUGUUAAAGAAAGCUUAAUAAUAACAGCCGACAAAACCAAGUACACGCGUUGCAACAUUGGCAAAUGAUGAAAAUCAGCAACAAUAGAGAUCCGAUUAAGCCCAAAAAUAUACUCUUAACUAAAUAGUUGGAAAUGGCACUUUCGGAAUGGUUUAUUUAGCCACCAAUUCAGUAUCAGGAGAGAAAGUAGCCAUCAAGAAAGUGUUUCAGGAUAAGAGAUACAAAAACAGGGAGCAUUUGAUCAUUUAAGAACUCAAUCAUCCAUGUGUAAUCAAGUUAAAGGAAGCCUUUUUCACUUAAGGAGAUAAAGGUGAUGAUGUUUAUUUGAAUUUGGUUAUGGAUUAUAUACCUGAUACAUUAAGCAAAGUAGUUAGAUAUUACAGAAAAGCCAAAUAGCAAUUUCCUAAUGUCUUAUUAAAAGUUUAUGGAUAUCAGAUGUUCAGAGCUCUAGCAUAUAUGGAAGGAAUCGGUAUUUGCCAUAGGGAUAUUAAACCAUAAAAUAUAUUAGUUGAUCCAGCAACUCACGUACUGAAGAUAUGUGAUUUCGGAUCUGCCAAGAAACUCCAAAAAGGGGAGCCGAAUGUGGCCUACAUUUGCUCUCGUUAUUAUAGAGCCCCUGAAUUAAUUUAUGGAGCUACUGAAUACAGUACAGCAAUCGAUGUUUGGUCCAUCGGUUGUGUAAUUGCAGAGAUGCUUAUUGGAGAGCCUCUCUUUCCAGGAGAAAGUGCAACAGAUCAGUUAGUUGAGAUUAUUAAAAUAUUGGGAACUCCAACGUAAGAACAGGUCAAAAUGAUGAAUCCUUAACACAAAGAUUUUAAGUUUCCCCUCAUCAAAUGUCACCCCUGGCAAAAGGUGUUUGCUAAAUUCAAACCAGACGCCUUGUUUAUUGAUCUAAUUUCUAAGUUGAUGGUGUAUCCUCCUAAAGAAAGAUUGAGACCGUUAGAAGCCUUGGCACAUCCUUUCUUUAAUGACAUAAGACAAGCAGGGUUCGGCAUUCCCAAUUAGACUUUACCAGACUUUUUUGAUUUUACUAAGGAGGAACUCUCAAUUCAACCUGAAAUCGCCCCAAAAUUAUACCCAACUUGGUACCAAAAGAAAUAAUGA